UUUUUCGCGGGCAAUUUUGUAGAUAAAUGAAUGCGGAGACCAAAGCGUCACUGGCUAGAGUUGAUAGAAUAUGGUAUUAAUGGUAGUGAACAUGUGACGCGGCCAAGACACCAGCCUGUCCUUUCCCGAAGGAGCUCCAUCAUUACCGCCUCGCUAUCUUGCCCUUGCGAGAGAACACGACAAUUAUUCUCCCUCCCUUCGCCAUAUAGCUCCAAGAUUGUGCUACUCGGUGUCGCAUGCAAAUAUAUUUGUCAGUACUCUUCGCAUUUAGCACGGUGAAGAUUUUGCACUACAAAUAAUUACGAUAUUAUGCCCCCGGCCUAACUACUCCCCCGCUGACAUUUAAACUCCAUUCAAUCGCACUUUUCCUUAUUCCAGGGCAAUCCAAGUUGUUCUAUACAACGCCAUGGUAAAUUGGCUUAGUCUCGCCGUGCCGUUCGCCUACCUAGGUGUCCUAAUCGGUUCACUGGCAACCUUCUCCUCAUUAUACCGCAAGCGCAAAGCCCAAAAGGCAUACUCUCUAGAACCAUGGUUCCCCGCCCACCUCCAACGAGACAUUUACUUCUCCCUCCUCCAUAUUGACCCACCUGCGUCCUCUUCUAAGGAGAAGAAGGCACCCGCAGUACCGGAGUCGGUGCUCAAGGCUGCGCUUUUGAGACGUGCCGAGGAAGAUAUCAGGCGGGUUUUGGCCUUGCGCAGUCAAAAGCAGGCUCUGGGUAUGCUGCUUCAACGUGGUAGUGUAGGUGAUGAUCUAUGGCAGCGGUUUCAAAGGGCUGAGAAGGAGAUGGAGGAUGAGGUUCGGGAUGUUGUUUCUGAAGCCAACGCAUACGUACCCGGUUGGGGCCAAACGAUUUUCCAGUCUGCCAAUGAGAUGAUGAACAACACCCUCUACCGCGAGCGGAUUGCAGAGCAACAGAGCAAGCUGGCUGAGGAACGUCAAUGGUGGGAAAAGAAGAAAGCUAGCAUCAAGGACGGAUUCAUGAAGGAAUUAGAUGCCGAAGGAGCGUCUUCGACCGCACCUCCACAGAAGGUCGAACCGGCCCCUGUUACGACCCCUACCACGACCAGCGGCUCUACUCCUACGACAAAAACCCCCGAGUCAUCCGGUGCGCCAUCCUCCGUGACUGGAAGCGAUGAUGAUGCUGUUUUGGUGGAGGCUCACGAGCAGCCUGGGAGUCCGGCGUCCCUGAACAAGAAGAAGAAGAAGAAGGGCAAGAAAUAAUGGUGUCACGUUAGGGUGAUUUUUAUGCUUUUCGCUUCGCUUUCGCUCAUGCAUUAAAAUAUACUCUUCUAGCUUUUCUUCUUUCUAUCACCAUACGCUUUUGUACUUUCAAUAUAACUCGCAGUUAGAUGAGAGACAUUACUUGGUGAUUGCUGACAGGAUUAUAUUUGUACUAUACUUUUCUCAUAGUGAGAAAGAGACUGAUACUCAUUUCUCAGGUAGAGAUGCCUUAGCCAAUCAUGCCAUAAGCUAGUUGUGAGUCUUACUGAAGGA